AUGGAGCUGCAUGUUAGGAAAUUGCUUGUGAAAGCCACUUUUAGUUUCGAGAACAUUGCGACUCUGGCCUUGGCAACGAAUCUGGUGACGUACUUGACUCAGGUGAUGCACAUUAACAUAGCCGAUGCAGCCAACCAGACUACAAACUACAUGGGUACCAGCUACAUUCUCUCCAUCUUCAUUGCCAUCCUAGCAGACAUGCACAUCGGCCGUCCCAAAUCUGUGCUCAUUUCAGCUUGCUUCGAGACUGUGGGACUUGGAUUGCUAGCAAUCCAAGCUCACUCCUCCAAACUCAAGCCACCUCCUUGCGACUUGUUUGAUCCAACUGCACAUUGCGUCAAAGUUGGAGGAGGCCACGCCGCCCUCCUCUUCGGAGGGCUUUAUUUGGUGGCGGCCGGGAGUGCAGGAAUAAAAGCCUCGUUACCGUCGCACGGUGCUGAUCAGUUUGAGGAGAAAGAUCCUAAAGAGGCAAAGCAAAUGUCCAGCUUCUUCAACUGGUUCUUAUUGUCUGGAAACAUCGGCACUGUCAUUAGCCUGACGCUCGUGGUGUGGAUCCAAGACAAUAAGGGCUGGGAUUUGGGAUUCGGGAUGUCUUCCAUUUCCAUGGUUGUGGGCGCCUUCUUCUUCACUUCUGGAUUGCCACGAUACAGGAUUCAAGUCAUUCAGAAAAGCAACGCUUUCGUCGAAGUUAUACAGGUAUACGUAGCUGCUUUCCAUAAUCGAAAUCUUCGCCUGCCCGAGGAUCCUGAAGAUCUAUUUGAGAUCGAUGGCGAUAAGCCUGUAAUGGAGAUAGAGUUUCUACCUCACAGAGAUGUUUAUAAGUUCCUUGACAAAGCAGCCAUCCAAUCCGCUCCGGCUGCCAAACAAGAAAAACCAAAUCCGUGGAAACUUUGCAGGGUGACUCAAGUGGAAAACGCAAAGAUCAUCUUAGGCGUACUUCCAAUAUUUUGUUGCGCGAUAAUUAUGACCCUGUGCGUAGCUCAGCUCCAAACCUUCUCCAUCCAACAAGCUAUAACCAUGGACACAAGGAUAACCAAACAUUUCCACAUACCCCCGGCUUCCCUCGCCAUCAUCCCUAUCAUAUUCCUCCUCGUUCUCGUCCCCAUUUAUGAUCGUCUGUUCGUACCCUUUGCCCGUAGGAUCACUGGCCACCCCACCGGCAUAACCCACCUCCAACGUAUUGGUGUCGGUCUAGUCCUCUCCUGUCUGUCUAUGGCAGUAGCCGGAAUCAUAGAAGUAAAGCGAAAAGAGGUUGCGCGAAAGCACAACAUGCUCGAUGCUAUACCGGUGAUCCAACCACUCCCUAUGAGCGUAUUCUGGCUAUCGUUUCAGUUCUUCAUCUUCGGUAUCGCCGACCUGUUUUCGUUCAUCGGUCUUCUCGAGUUUUUCUACUCACAAGCACCCAAAGGGAUGAAGUCCAUCUCUACAUGCUUCCUUUGGUGCUCCAUGGCAUUGGGAUUUUUCUUGAGCACUAUCACUGUCAAUAUAGUGAAUAGUGCAACUAAGGGAUUAACAAGUAGUAGAGGUUGGUUGGGAGGAAAUAAUAUCAAUAGGAACUACUUAAAUCUCUUUUAUUGGUUGCUUUCUCUAUUGAGCUUCCUUAAUUUCCUUGCCUAUUUGUUUGUUGCUAAGAGCUACAACUAUAAGCCAAUAGCACAGGCAGUGAGAAGUCCAACUAUUAGGAAGGUUCUAAAUGAUCAGUAUAACAAGGAGUUGGAAGACAUUGAAGUGCAAAAGUGAUAAAGUCCAUGUUCGGUUUGGAUCUCUAGACCCAAAUCUUCUUUUUGUGCACGGUCCCUAAAAACUUUUCUCCCUAAUUAUUACUCUCAUUUCU